AAAGUCUCGAGAGCUGUGUGGUAUACGGUUUCACGCACGACACACGUGUUCGUCCGCGUCCGUUACGCGAUUCCGGACCGUUCGGGAUUAACGAUAAGUAUAAUAUGAUAUGAAAUAUUCACAAUAAUAUUGUAAAUAAACGCACGCGAACGAUUUACUCGAUUUUUUUAAUUUUAAUUUCUGUGACGAUAAAAACAAUAAUAAAAGCUAAAACAAAAACUACCACCGCCCGGCCGCUUUUUAUACGUAUUUCGACACCCGAGUUAACGCAUUUUCGUUUUUUAAAAACAUCAAAUGAGACGGAAAAUGAUACGUUGCGGUUGAGACCAUCAACCACGUAUACAUCGCCGACAAUCGUAAAAAUGGUAAGUUAAAAUCACAUCUAAAAUACUAAAGCAAUAAAAUAUAAGACUUAUCUCGAGUAAAAAUAAAUUAAGAAACCGGUCGUCGUCGUCAGCGGCAUAGGAUCGCGAUGUGGUCGUCGUCCCGGAUCGGUCGCCAAGUGGCUUCCGCGUUCGUACGCGGCCGUCACAUGCAGCUGCUUCACCAGCAGAUACUGCAGCACCACCAACUCCAGCUCCAGAACCAACUCCAAAACCAACAGCAUCACUGUCGGUAUUCCUCGACAGCGGACGAAGCGGUGGCCGCGCCACUGCGGAGCACCAAGAAAAAAUCUGACCGGACGCCGCCCAAGCACCUGGUGGACGUGAAGACGGUCCGUGCGGCCGGCGGCCGCGGCGGCGACGGGCGCGUGUCGUUCAUGAAAUUGUUCGGUAACGAGAACGCGGGCCCGGACGGCGGUGAUGGUGGUAACGGUGGCCACGUCGUGUUCCGGGCGUCCGAGAACGUCACCGGACUGGGGCACGUGGGCGUCGAGCUGAGGGCGCCCGCCGGCGAACGGGGCUACAACAAAGACUGCCAUGGCAAGUGUGCGGUUCACGAGUACGUGGACGUGCCCGUGGGGACGGUGAUCAAGGACUGCGACGGGCGCGUAGUCGGUGACCUGAGCCGGCCGGGCGUCAUGUUCGUGGCGGCCAGGGGUGGGGCGGGUGGCCACGGGAACCGGUAUUUCGCCACUGAUACGGAGCAGGCACCCGAGGUGGCCGAACUGGGCGGCGCAGGCGAGGUACUCCGGUACACGCUGGAGUUGAGCAGCAUCGCCGAUUUCGGGCUGUUGGGAUUCCCCAAUGCGGGCAAGAGCACGUUGCUCAGCGCCAUCACACGGGCCCGGCCCAAGGUGGCUCCGUACCCGUUCACCACGCUCCAGCCGCACGUGGGCGUGGUCCAGUACGACGAUCAGGAGUCGGUGGCCGUGGCCGACCUUCCGGGGCUCAUCGAGGACUCGCAUCGCGACCGCGGCCUGGGCAUAUCGUUCUUGCGGCACGUGCAGCGGUGCACCGCGCUGCUGCUGGUUGUCGACCUGUCCGCGCCCGAGCCGUGGACGUACGUGGACGUGCUCCGGCACGAGGUAAGGUGCUUCUCAGCUCCGGUGCUCGACCGGCCGCAGUUGAUCGUCGCCAACAAGGUGGAUGUGGACGGUGCCCGCGAGAACCUGGCCGAGCUCAGGCGCCGUUUGCCCGACGACGAGAUCGUCGAUAUAUCCGCCAAGCACGGCGUCAACUUGGAGCGUCUGCUGAAGCACAUGAAGCGAGUGUACGACCAACGGCGUAAACCUGCAGAAGCGGACGCUGUCGCCGCCGGUUUUGAUUAGACUUUAGUAGUAGUAUAUCAUCAUGUCGUCGUAAUGUCGUAUUAAAUACUUUUUAUAGAUCGCGGUCAAUAAAAUGAUUUUUGUGUUCCAUACGUAUAAUAUUUUUUAUCCUUUAAAGACUAAAAUGUAUACUUAAUAAUAAAAUAAUGACUAUACCUUUACUUAUACUUGGAAACGAUUUUUUUUUUAUUA